AUGGCACGUGCGAAACAAACCAGCAUAACCGGAGUGGAAUCAGGUGGGCCAGAAACAGGGAAUACGUUACCGAGAAUGCCUUCCAUAGAGAGUGGGAGUCAGUUCGUAGCUCCACAUUUUGCAUCAGAGAGAAGGAGGUCAAACGCGCAAAACUCGCAGAACCCGUUCGUUGAUACGCAACUCUACGGCAUGCAACAGGUCAACGCGCCGGGUGCUGAUGUAACACAAUAUGCCGGGGUAUUAGCAUGCAGCAAUUUGACACGCCGGUUGCUGAUGCGACACAAUAUUCCAGAAGCCAGUGAUCAUUGGCUCAAGCUCCGAGUGUACGGCAAUAUGAGGACUAUUCCCUAA